GUGUUCAUCCUGGGGGUCAACUUCCCGGAACACCGUUUUGUAUGGCGCUCCCUUGAAACCUUCUUCGGUAUCGGCUCUGCAACUCGAGCCAAAAUAAUGUCGCGCUUCCACCUCCACAAUACUAUCAAAGUUGGCGAAUUGACUCAAACCCAAGUCCUCGACCUAACCGCGCACCUCGACUCCAUGCCGAUCGAAAACCACCUGCGACGGAAAAUGCAGCAGGAUAUCGCCAGGCUCAGGGAUACCGGCACGUAUAGAGGCAGAAGGCACGCAAUGAACUUGCCUGUAAGAGGGCAGAACACUAGGAGCCAAAUCAAGACAGCACGGAAGCUCAACAGGGUGGAAAGGUUCUAG